AUUUCUUUCAAGCAGAAAGAUAGAAGUGGUUUAACUCCAGGGUUAUGUAGUAUGUAGACUACCAGGUGUGAUAGAUACUGCAAACUAGAUUAACUGGAUUUACUCCUCUUUCAGGAUUAUGUCAUUAAACCCCAGAAUGUCAUUCUUGGAUCAGAUGAAGCUGUCGUGUUUGAUUGAUCUCAGUCUCAUAUUGAUCCUGGCCUCUUUUACAAAAGGUGAAACCUGGAAUAUUUCAGUCGCAGGAAACAUAAAUACAUCAUUGGGCUCAGACGUGACCAUACCAUGUACGUUUACCUAUCCGCCCGAACAACGCACUGACAAUGUUGAAGUUUACUGGAAAAAACUUGAGAAAAGUAAAUUUAAUAUCAAUGACAAAGACAAAAAUGCAUUUAUUUUUCACACGAAUGACACAUAUGUGCUUGACAAGUACAAAGGAAAAACCAUGCUCAUUGGAGAUAAAGACAAAGGAAACUGCUCUCUCAAGAUCAUGAAGAUCAUGGAAAGGAUGCAAAAUAUCUACGUGAGAGUUAUAGGAAAGAAUGACAACUACAGUUUCAACAAAAACUUAGUCUCCAUUUCUGUAAUUGGUAUCGAGUCAGUAACUCUUGACCGAGAUAUAACACCUGUAAGCACAAUAUCAAGCCCAAUAUCCACCAGUGAAACAACAGAAAAGCGUAUGAAUUCAUCACAAAUGUAUCUGGCCAUCUUUAUACCAGUUGCUGCACUUUUGAUCAUUAUUUUUGUUACUGGAAUUGUCCUCUACAUAAAAUGCAAAAGGUCGCAGUCAUUCACCAGGCAGGAAUCUGGAUAUUAUGCAAAUUUUAGCACAGCAUCAUCAAACCAAGUCAAAAGAGAACCUUUUAGCAAAAAACAAGACAACAAGAAACUUCCUGAACCAAAGGCAAUUGAUGAACCUGUCUACAUCAACACUGAGGCCCCUCCAGGUCAGAUGGAUCAAAGAAUGGAUCACACAGACAACAUAUAUGCAAAUGUGGAUUAUUCAGAUAGGGGAAAAGCGGCACCUCACUAAUUUUAACAUUUUAAUUUUAAAAUUAAUUUGAUAUAUCUGCAUUGAUUUGCACACAUGCUCAUAUAUAUAUAUGAUAUAUAUUAUUUGUGUGUGUGUGGGCGGCAUGGUGGUGCAGUGGUUAGCCUCACAGCAAGAAUGUCGUGGGCUCAAACCCUUUCUGUGUGGAGUUUGCAUGUUCUUCCCGUG